AUGGAGCUGAACAGACUGCUCCUCCUCACAUCCUUCCUCUUGCACAUGGAAGAGGGCCGUGCCAGCCCAACGGCGCUGGUCUGCGACAACAGACUCAUUCAGAAGUAUAUCGGGGAGGCCAAGGACAUGGAGAAGAAAGUGGGUCAGUGCCAGGCGCUGCCCACGCUCACCUGGCCCGCAGUGCUGCCCUUGGUGGGCUUCAGGCUCCGGGAGUGGAAAUCCAAAUCGAACGAGACCAUGUGGCAGGAGAUCGGCUGCGACUUGGUGCUGCUGGUGGGCGCUGUUGUGGGGGCCCAGGGUGAGGUGACCCAAGAGUGUGGGGCCAAGCAGCUGAGCCAGCUUCACCGACAUGCCAACUUCUUCCUCCGGCACCUGCAGAACUUCAGCUGGGAGACAGGACCCCAGGAGCCGGGCUGCUCCCCACGCUCUAUGGAGCAGACCUAUGUCACCAGCAUCUUCCUCACCUACCGGAAGCUGUUGCAGGGCAAGCUGCACUUCUUCUGCAGACAAAGCUCACCUCGAUCCCACGUCAGCGCAACCCUGCCGGACACUGAGCUGUGCUCUGG